AGCAACACGUCUUUUACCCGAAAUGAGUUGAUAAAUGAUAAAACCAAACUCUCUCUCCAACACGUAACUGUAACUGGGUCUGGGUCAUUGACAUUUCUAUUCUACAACUUUCCCACCCACCAAAUUCAGACACAGUCCAAACAAGACCAAUAACAACUCUCUGUCUCACGUUCUUGGCAGUUUCUCUUUUUUCUCUUUCUACACUUCUUCUCUCCCUUUCUUAGCUCCCAAACCCAACUCGUUCUUUUUUUGUUUGUUGUUCUAGUGUUGUCUUGGUCUUUGGCUUAGUUGAAAGCAGAGAGAUAAUGCCGAAUUGGGAGCUCAAGAACUGUUGCCAGCACGACCAAGUCGUGUUCUUGGCCACCAUUGGUGUCUUCACCGUUGUAAUCCUCGCGCUAUGGAGGACAGUACUAUUGACGCCCUUUAAGCUCAUCACUGUGUUCCUUCAUGAAGCAAGUCAUGCAGUUGCUUGCAUACUCACGUGUGGCCGGGUGGAGGGGAUCAAGGUUCAUGCAAAUGAAGGUGGAGUAACACAAACACGUGGUGGGAUAUAUUGGGUGAUCUUACCUGCAGGAUAUCUUGGGUCAUCAUUCUGGGGAAUGGCCUUGAUACUCGCAUCUACAAAUAUCUUGACUGCUAGAAUUGCUGCUGGUUGUCUUAUAUUGGCUCUGCUGGUUGUGCUCUUUAUUGCUAAAAAUUGGACACUUCGAGGGCUUUGUAUUGGAUUCAUUAUUUUCCUUGCUAUAAUAUGGCUUCUGCAAGAAAAAACAACAGUCCAUAUUCUUCGCUAUGCAAUUCUCUUCAUUGGUGUCAUGAACAGUUUGUUUUCUGUUUAUGAUAUUUAUGAUGAUCUAAUAUCUCGAAGAGUCAACUCCAGUGAUGCUGAGAAGUUUGCAGAAGUUUGCCCAUGCCCGUGUAAUGGGGUUGCAUGGGGAGUAAUUUGGGGAAUGAUAUCAUUUAUAUUUCUUUGUUUAUCCAUGUAUCUUGGACUCGUCAUCUUAUCAUGAGGAUGAUAUUGGAUGUCCCUUCACAUGUGAUGUAGCAAUGGUUCAGAGACUCCGGUUGAAAUUCUUCUUGAUAUUGAAAAGAACACCAGCAGUUUCGAAAAAUUUUUCAAUUCUUUGAUGGUUGUGUAUACUAUUUGUAAACCAUCACUUCUUGAUUCAUUUGAUACUCUGAGAGCGUGGCCUUGCCACUCCUGCUUCCAUGGCUUUAUUCUUUUAACCCUUAUUUUGGUGAGGGUCAUAUUUAUGUAUAUGAUAGUUCUUUAAAGGAGGAAAUAUACAGGUGUUUUACAUA